GCAAAGUACGCAAGAACGUCACGCGCGGGGUUCGCGUCGAACGCGACGCGUUCCGCUCAACGUCCCGUUCAUUAUCGAACACCGCUACGGGUUUUCUACACUUCAGCCAUUGACCACACUGUUGGUCUUCGAAGGGCGACAUUAUGGCCGGAGUGAGCCUGCAGCCGGAUCGGGAGAUGGCCGCGAACAUUCGAAGGGCCGUCAAGGACUGUCGGGAUCGCGGCCUCCUCUAUGCCUCCAAGUGGGCAUCAGAGCUUUACUUGGCACUCCCCAGCCACUUAAGACAGCCGCAAGCGACGGAUCAGCCCAUCCACAAUGGUUUCAACACCUCGACGCCGGCACGCCCGCGUUCGCCUCCGAUGAACAUAUCGUUCGACCUUCAGGGAUCCCCAUCAACAACCACGACCAUUGAGGGCGGUACUAGCAGCCAUCCUAUGGCCCCGAACUCGCACCCAUGGCUAGGAGAUAACGUCCUCGAUAUACAGGAUGAAGAUAAAGUCGACGUGGCGCGAGCGUGUAUGGAGGCCAAGGAGUUUCAGAGAGCCGCUUUCAUGCUGACAGGGUGUGUCGGACCCAAGGCUGCUUUUCUCGCUCACUAUUCUCAGUACCUGGCGGCAGAAAAGAAAGCAUUGAACGAUUGGCACGCAUUAGACGGCAAGCGAGGACAACCCGUUGCCCCCAUCAAUAAGGGCCUCCAGAGCUUGUGUGAUAAGGUUGUGCUUACGGGCGACCCAUGGAUCUUGUUUCUGCGAGCCUUGUUUCUCUACCGAUUAUCGCGGCGAGAGGAAGCCAUCGAAGCAGCUCUGCUGUCUAUUGCUGCAUACCCCUGGAACUGGUCGACGUGGCUCAUACUCAAGGAUUGCGUAGAAGAUGCCAACGAGCUCGCGGCCCUGAUACCGCUGAUACCCCUGCCCCCCAACCAUCCCCUUGUUCAAUUUUUCCAGAUCAAGAUCAUGAAUGAGUUGCAAAGUCCAACAGAAGAAGAUAUUGCCGUUUGUGACGCAUUGCUGCAACCCACACAUUUCCCUACCAGUUGCUGGGUCAAAGCACUCCGUGCGACUGUGUUAUACAAUAUGCAUGACUUCGCCGCCGCAGAGAUGCAGUUCGAGCAAAUAAUUCAGAUGGACCCAUUCCGUAUCGAUGACAUGGACAUCUACUCGAACAUUCUCUACGUACAGGACCAUCGGCUGAAGUUAUCCAGGGUCGCCCGCGAGUUCUUGAACCUGGAUAAGGAUCGUCCUGAGACAAUGUGUAUCGUUGGAAACCACUAUUCUCUGCGAGGAGAACACGAGCGGGCUAUCAAGUACUUUAAGCGGGCGGUGCUCCUCGACAGGACCUACACUUCGGCUUGGACGCUGAUAGGGCACGAGUACGUGGAGAUGAAAAAUUCGCACGCAGCUAUCGAAUCCUACCGAAGAGCCGUCGAAACCAACCGAAAGGAUUACCGCGCAUGGUUCGGACUCGGACAGGCGUACGAGUUACUGAACAUGCAUCAAUACGCUCUUUACUAUUUCCAUCGGGCCACGGCUCUGCGGCCCUAUGAUACCCGCAUGUGGCAGGCCCAAGCACAGUGCUAUGAAGAACUAGGCCGGACUCGCGAGGCGAUCGAAUGCUACAAGCGAGCCCUUAUUGCCGGCGCGGACCCGAACGAUCCUUCCAUACACGUGAAAGUCGCAAAAUUAUUUGACUCGAUCGGAGAGUUCACAGAGGCCACGGCACAUCAUCGACGGGUGGUAGAAGUCGCUCGGGCAACCGGAAAACCGAUCGCAGAGUACUCUCAGUCUGCCCUUUACGUCGCGCGCCAGCAGGUGCAGCAACUCAAUGGGGACCUGGAGCUCGCGAAAGACUACUUGGAGCAGAUCGUCCAGAGCAACGUGGAGGAGGUGAAGGAUGCCAGCGAAUAUCUGAAGAAAGUCAUGCAGAUGAUCGCAAGAAAUCAAACAGUAGCGCAUGGAGUUCCGAUUACUACGGUAUCAUAGCACAUGAUUGUGAUCUCAU